AACAGCUCCUGAAAAGCUGAAGAGGUCGCAGUAAACACACCUGCGCGCGCGCACACACACACACCGCACUCAUGCACCGAAUAUAUUUAUAAAGUUAUUUAGAAGUGUAAGAAAGAAGAAAGAAGAAGUUUUCCCCGUCAUGCUACUUUGCCGUGUUUCCGCUUUAGCGAGGCGGGGACUGGGCGCGCGGAGAGUCGCCGCGUUCCGGCCCGCUCUCUCCUUCAGUUCCGCCGGGGACGCAGCGGCCGCUCCCGGGGCCGGAGCUCAGCCUCCGGGGGAGUACCAGGACACCGUGCUGCUGCCGCGCACACACUUCUCCAUGAAGAUGAGCGGACAGAAGUUGCUGGACCUUGAGCUGCGGAUACAGCGGGAGUGUGGUUUUGACCAGCUGUACACGUGGCAGAGAGAGAGGAAAGCCAAGAAGGAGUUUUGCCUACAUGACGGUCCGCCUUACGCCAAUGGAGACGCCCACGUGGGCCACGCCCUCAACAAGAUCCUGAAAGAUAUCCACAGUCGGUUCGAGGUUCUGCGAGGCAGGAAGGUGCACUAUGUCCCCGGCUGGGACUGUCAUGGUCUUCCCAUCGAGCUGAAAGCCCUGGGCGAGCUCCACACCACACACCUGACCCCUCUACAGAUCAGACAGAAAGCUCGGGAGUUUGCAGAAUCAGCGAUUGCGAGUCAGCGGGCAUCGUUCCAGCGCUGGGGUGUCAUGGCCGACUGGGAGAACUGUUACUACACGUUCACCGGCUCAUACGAGGCGGCGCAGCUCCGUGUCUUCCAGGACAUGCACAGCAAGGGUUUAAUUUAUCAGGACUAUAAACCUGUCUUCUGGUCUCCGUCUUCCAGGACGGCGUUAGCCGAAGCAGAGCUGGAGUAUAACUCUGAGCAUGUGAGCACAGCAGUGUACGCUACCUUCCCUCUCAACACACUCCCGCCUAAACUAGCGACAAGCUUAGGGGAUUUGGGUAAGGUGUGUGUGCUGGUGUGGACAACACAACCGUGGACGAUUCCAGCCAACCAGGCAGUGUGCUUCAUGCCCAAGGCACAGUACUCUUUAGUGAAGAGACGUGAUAAUGAACAGCUCCUCCUGCUGGCCACCGAGCGCAUUGCAAGCCUCAGCACUACACUGAGCACUGAACUACAAAACCUGGCCACAUUCACAGGCUCUGAUCUGGAGGGCGGAGUCUGCCAACAUCCCACACUUCCCGGAAAGGAGGUUCCCCUUUUGCCAGCCAAUCACGUGACCAUGGCUAAAGGAACCGGAUUGGUCCACACGGCUCCCGCUCACGGCAUGGAGGACUACAGCGUGGCCACUCACUUUCACCUGCCCGUGGAGUGCAUGGUGGAUGAGGAGGGCAGGUUUACGGAGGCGGCUGGUGCUGAGCUACAGGGGCAGAGUGUGCUGAAGGAGGGAACAUCUACAGUCAUCUCCAUGCUGCGCGCCGCUGGAGCGCUGCUGAAGGAGGAGCAGUGUGUGCACAGUUACCCAUACGACUGGCGCAGUAAGACGCCGGUGGUGAUCCGAGCCAGCAAGCAGUGGUUCAUAAACACGGCCAACCUGAAAGACAUGGCUAAGGAGGUGCUGCAGAAGGUGCGCGUGAUGCCCGAGUCGGCCAGGGCGAGUCUCUUGGCGAUGCUGGACAGACGGACGUACUGGUGUAUCUCACGUCAGAGGAGCUGGGGCGUCCCGAUCCCUGUCUUCUACCACAGACAGACUGGAGAGCCGCUCAUCAACAAGCACACCGUGGCUCACAUAGCCAACGUGUUUGCAGAGAAAGGAAGCGACAGCUGGUGGGCGGAGCCUUUGGAAACACUACUUCCUCCCGAUGUACUGAAGAAGAGUAAAGCCGGGGACGUGACGGAUUACGUGCGUGGUGAGGAUGUGCUGGACAUCUGGUUUGAUAGUGGGACGUCCUGGGCUGCUGUGCUGCAGGCGGGUGAGGAAGACAACAGCAGGGGCAAACGGGGCUGGUUAAGCAAACAAGAGGCAGACCCGAGGGCAGACGUCUACGUAGAGGGGAAGGAUCAGAUCGGAGGAUGGUUCCAGUCGUCUCUGCUGACUAGUGUGGCAGUGCGCAACAAAGCACCAUAUAAGAAGUUGGUGGUUCAUGGAUUUGUGCUCAGUGAGAAAGGAGAGAAAAUGUCUAAGUCCCUGGGGAACGUCGUUGACCCCAGCGUGGUCAUUAACGGAGGAGCGGAUUCCACUGUUUCUCCUCCGUAUGGUGCAGAUGUUUUAAGGUGGUGGGUUGCAGAGUCCAACGUUUUCUCCGAGGUCCAAAUCGGACCCAAAGCACUGAACGCAGCCAAAGAGAGCAUCAACAAGCUGAGGAACACUCUGAGGUUCUUGCUGGGGAACCUGCAGGGUUUUGACCCUCGUACUCAGGCUGUGGACUCCAAAGACAUGCACUACAUCGACCAGUACUUACUGCACCUGCUCCGAGAGUACAGCAUCAAGGUAACCGAUGCCUACAGUGAGUUCGACUGCGGUCGAGUGAUUCGUCUUCUGCAGGCCUUCAUCACGCGAGACCUGAGCAGCUUCUACUUCAGCAUCAUCAAAGACAGGCUGUACUGUGAUGGGGAGAACUCGUUGGGCAGGAGAUCGUGUCAGACAGUACUUGAGGAGAUUUUAGACGGCGUGACUCGCUCCAUCGCUCCUAUCCUGCCUCACCUGGCAGAGGAGGUGUACCAGCAUGCACCAGGGCACGACGAAGGUGAGACUCUGUUCCGGAGCGGUUGGAUUAAGAGCAGCCCGGUCUGGAGGAAACCCGGGCUGGAGGAAGCGGUCGAGGGGGCGUGUGCCAUCAGAGACUCCUUCCUGUCCUCCAUCCCAGGAUGCAAUGCAGCCGAGUACGACCUGACCAUCGCCAUCGAGCCCGGCCUCUUCUUCGAGCUCAUGGAGUCCCUGCAGGAGGAACCGACCUCGAUGUCGUCCCAGCUGACGGAGCUGAUGAUGGCGUCGCGCACCACGCUGACCAGCGAUCUGCCCCGAGACCUGCCCUCUGAUGCUGUAAUCAGCAAGGGCAGCUUCGUCAUCAACCUGGAGGGUGGCGUUAUCCAUGAAGAGAGCGCGUACACCGUGGCCGCCAUUCCCAUCUCUCUGUCCCGCUGCCCUCGGUGCCGCCGUUACACCUCGGACACGCCCGACUGCCUGUGCUCACGGUGUCAAAUGGUCAUCGGGAAAGCCCAGUAAAACCGGUUCCGCCUGCACCUUUUCCCUGGCUCCGCCCACUCUGGCUGAACUAUAAGAAGCUUCAGAAUGCUUCCUACCCAUAAUUCCUGAUGCUGACUGCAACGCGUGUUUGAGUAACGCAGGCUUUGUGUUCAGCAACAAUAUAUACAACAGAUACGUCAUAGAAGUGACCGGUCAUGUUAAGAAAAUAAAAAUAUUCAUUCAGAAGGAAAAAGGACACAACGGAGCACUGCCGCAGGCCUAAUGUGUGUUUAUUCAUGUUCAUUUGUUCAGCUGUGUGUGUGUGAAAGAGGCAGAAGGAUGAUGCCAGAGUCUGAAGUAGAAGAUGAAUGGAAUAUGUUUUAUUUUUAUUUACAUUAUAUCUAAAUAGAUGGGUUUGGGGAGAGGGAGAAAAGAGGGAGUGAUAAUUAAGUAAAGAAAUAAAAGCACUCUGUGAGCUGAGCUCUCGCACCGUUUACCUGUAAAUGACAAACUGCUUUCUAUUGAACGUUUGCUUUUCCCUCUGCACAAAUCGAAUUCAUUAAAAAACAAAAAAAAGAAGUGUGUUUUUACCCCAUAAAGCAUAGAGAAGGUAAAGAACUUCAACGAGCAUCUGUGAAGAAGACCAUUAGUCACGCCCACUCAACGUUUUGCUUGUAGAGUAAAAUGGCACCAUAAACUAACACUGCCUGAAUAGAGCUUUAGACUCUUUUUUUUUUUUUUUUGCUCAUAGCAAACACAACGUGUGUGUGUGUGUGUGUGUGUGUGUGUGUGUGUGUUAGGAACCGAAGCAAGACACAAAAGUCGUGACAAGUUUAAUCUUUUAUAUAGCACUUUUAGUGGAUUUGGCUCUGUACAAUAAGAAACAGCAGCACCGGUGCAGAGUAAAGUGUGUGUGUGUGUGUGUGAGCGGCUAUUCUGCAUAACGUACCUCUGUCUCAGGCGUAAAAUACACGACUCGUAGUAGACACAAAUUACAUUUACAACCCAAACUCCAUUCCUCUGAUAGGAAGAAAGAAAGAAGAAAAGGACGGAUGUUACCUUAGUGUUUAAAUUGCCCCCAAAACUUUAUAUAUUUCAACGGAUAAUGAAAUAAAACGAUCUAUUCUAUCUGCAGAUGAGUUAAUAAAUGUUAAUGAUUCAUGAGCCUUCACUCUGUCCAUUAAGAGGAAGACAGAGCGUAGAGAAUGAAGUACUGCAUGUAGGAUUAGCAGCAUGGAGCACAGAGGCUGGGCUUCAACACACUUCACCAUUAAAAUGCAUAGAACUGCAAACACUGAUCCUCGCUCUCUCUCUCUCGUGAACUGGAUCCAAAUAAAUACUUAAUAAUCGUUUACAUGUCCUUCCUCACACCAGAUACAGUCCAUCAGCCAGGACGCAUAUUUUCUGUGAAAGUCCACCAUGAACAUGAAGUGAACCUCACACUGGACACUGCACAGCUUUCAUAUAGUCGUUUCUAUAGUAACAGCUCAUCCACUAGGAUAUGAACAUAAGCGGUUAAGGAAGGAGUCUCCAGUGUCAGCGCUCUGACCGAUCAUAAAUAUUUUCAUAGAUAGUUGUUUAUGGACGUUUCAUUAUAUUUAAAUAAAAUAAAUCGCUGUGGUACUGAGACUCAUCAUCAUUCUCAUCAUUAUCCUUAUCCUCCUUCUCCUCAUCUUCAUCAUCCUUAUC